AUGCGCACUUCGCCACCUGGAUCCUCGGGAGCCUCUCCGCCAGCCAUGAUACCACCCGCAAACCCCUUCGCACACGUACCACCAGCUAUUCGUACAACGACCCUGACUGCCCCGCCUCCCUCACAAGUCGAAGCUCGAUCGCCUGGCUACGCAUCCAACUCGUACUCUCACUCCACUGCGUCCAGCAUCGCGUCUGGCAGCCUGCCCGAGAUGCAGAGCCACGAUGCCCCGGGGUUUGGCAUCUCGUCUGCUCACAUCACCUCGGCCAACCUGAACGCUCAGAAGCGGGCGUACAGGCAACGGAGGAAAGAUCCCUCUUGUGAUGCUUGUCGAGAGCGCAAAGUCAAGUGCGACGCCACAGAAACCUCAGCAUGCUCCGAGUGCUCAAGUAGGAACCACAAAUGUCAAUUCACCAAAGAAACAAACAGACGCAUGUCAUCCAUCAAACAAGUGCAAGACCUUCAAAACCAAGUGGCCGAGCUAACGCAGGCCAACACCCAUUUGCGGACAAGAGCGGCCGGCAAGGAAGACUCGCGGUUGGAACGCACAGAAGCCAAGCGUCGGUUGUCCGAUGAACAGAUCGGGCCGCCAGCUGUUCGACAUCGAGUCGCUGCACCUGCUAUGCGCGACUUCGACCACGUGCGGAGGAACAUCCACGCUCAUUCACGAGGCAUCUUCGAAACCCCCCACGUUCGAACCAGCGCUCCCCUUGAGCAAGGGUCGGACUUGCCCGAAGUGCCAUCACGAGCGGACUUUGCGCAUCUCUCGAGGUCGUAUCUCAACCACAUACACGUGUGGUAUCCAGCUCUGCACUGGCCGACGUUUCAACGGGAAGCCGACGAGAUGUACACAGCGCGCAGCUUUCACGGAGUGCCUCGAGCCUGGGUUGGACUGUUCUUUGCAGUGCUGGCCUGUGGAAGCUUGCAGAGCUCGGCGACUUCAGGAAGCCCUUCGGUUGCCUUGGAUAGGGGGGCGCCGUUCUUCGACAUUGCAACACAAGCACUGACACCUUGGCCGCAACAUCUCACCAUCGCACAUGCUCAAGCAGCAUUGCUGCUCAGCAUCUUCGCCGCAGAGAGCAACAUGAGGCAGGCGGGGUCCAUGUGGCUGGCUAGUGCUGUCCGGGCUGCUCAGGAACUGUGCAUCAACACCGAACUGGACUCGUGGCCAGUUGUUGAAGGCGAGAUGCGUCGUAGGCUCUGGUGGGCACUCUACUCGCGAGACAGACUCACCUCGUUCGAAACGAACAAGCCGAUGCUCAUCAACGACAACGACUGCGACAUCUCUCUCCCUUCCCCUGCCGAAGACCGCUACGUCCAGCCCCAGGGCUUCUUCCGAACCCACGCAAACACGGCACCCUUCACUGGCUCUCUGGCCGUGGUUCAGAUGACGCAGAUGUACGCGCCCUUGUACCAGGCGCUGAAGUCCAGCACGCUGUCGCCGCAGACGCUUCAGAGCUUCGAACUGCAGUUUCGGUCCAGAGCACAGCAGUUGCCCGAAGCCUAUCAGAUUGGCUCUACUGCUGCUCUAGAGACGGCAGCGCUGCCGCCACUGUUUGCCCUUCUUUCUGCUCAAUACCACCUGUACCGACGCAACAUGUCGCCUGUUUGUCACGUCGGCGAGCGAAGGGACGCUCUCCGAAUGUGCGCAAGCGCCGCUCAAGACACGGCAAAGUACAUCUCAAGAGCGCUGCACAACCCGCCCAAGGCAGAGAUGGACAAGAGCUGGCCUGCGCGCGUGGCGCCCGUGGCAAGCCAAAUGACAUGCAUGCACCUCUGGCGGUGCAUACUCAUUCUGUGCCUCCGAGGCGACUACGAUGCAGCGCUCAUGUGCUCGCACAUGCUAAGCGUGACGGGGAGCAUGCGGCGAAUUGGCGUUGGUUGCGGCAAGAAUAUCGUCUUUGUGCUGGACAGACUGCUGGAUCGUGUACGCAGCGGGCACGGUUCGCCCCCGCAGCUCGAGUAUGAUGAGGAGAUGUUGGCCUACAUCAGCGGAGAUGUACAAGCCAGUCUGGAGCAUGGCUGGGCCUGGACGGGCUCAGACGUGGUCUCUCUGAAGUCUCCCCCGGCUACUUCCUACGGCGGCUCGCGAGCUUCGGGUCAGGAUCAAGCCAUGCGCGACCGACCGACGUCUGCCUCCCCCGUGAAUGAGUGGGAGGGCUGGCGCAGGGUGGACCAGCUGAUCAGAAAGUUGAUGGAUGAGCAUCGCCCAUGCACCGCGCAAGCACCAGCCUACUACCCGCCGCCACACAACCCCGUCAAACGCGUCCAGCUGGGUCCCAUCGACCAGUCGCCGCCGAAGCCAACGCCCCUGCCGAGCCCCGCGCCGUCGAACGCAAGCCGCAUCAGCAUUGCGAACAUAAUAUGA